AUGGCCUCCCACCCUCCUCCCGACCCUCCUCCCGCCCUCCCUCCUGAAGAUCUAUACGAGUCACGAGAAGCCCUCCUACUGUCGAUCAACGCCUGGGCGGCUUCGCACGGUUGUGCUUUUGUUACGGGGCGUUCAAUAAAAUAUAAAUUAAAUAAAAGAGUAGUGACGUACGCCUAUGAUCGAUCUGGGAGAGCGGUGGACCACGGCACCGACGGCGGCGUACACGGACCUCCCGUAAAUCGACGGCCCGUACACCGCGUACUCGGAGGACUCGUUUUGGACGAACUUCACGGGCCGCCGCCGCAGAGGCUCAAGCGGAGGUGCAGGCUGCAAUGGCACAUGCGGAGCGAGUAG